CGUUCGACCAAUAACGACUACAAUAACCACCGACGUCACGUUAUGGUGAUGGCGGCUGGGAGAAGUCUCGUAGAGGAGUUUUGUGUUUUGAUCAUAACAUAAAGAAGAAUUUAAUACGAGCCAUAUGACGGGUGACAGCAUGAAACAAGCAAUGGUUACUACAGAAAAGAGGUGCCAGACGAGCUGCAGACGUAAAUUAAACAGGAACGUUAACGGUAGCUCGGACGAUCGCAGUGACGACGACGAAGAGAAUUUAUCAUCUUAUCAUCAUCCGGGAUGCGCUAAGACGUCGACGGAUGCUAACUUUACGUCGGAAUUAUCAUCUCCUUUAGAGACCGAUCACAUUUACGCGGUCGACGUUAAGAAAGAAGAGAACGAACACUCGGAAAGGCUGAAAGAGAUGAUGUUACUACAAUUAGAUCUAAUACAGCAUCAACAGGAACAAAUACUAAAGAAAGACAAGCAAUUACUUUCGCUUAAACAAGAGAAAGAGUCGUUGAAAGUUCGAUUAGAUCGCAUGGAAAGAAGAUUGUCUCUUCUGAAGCACAAGAAAGAAAGCUCACAGAGUGAUACAGAUGAUGCAGUUUCUACCAACUCAUAUUCACUGAAUGUCGUCAAUUCCACGUCAGAUGAAAUAAAUAGCCCAUCCGAGAAAUCUUUCUGUUCGCCAGCCAUCGUGUCUAGGUCAUACAGAAGACACGGAAGAGGCGGCUUUAGAGGAGUCAGACGACGCUACUUUAAUCGAACACACUCUAUGUCAAUCAAAAAGUUCAUUCCUUCGACGACGACAGCUUCGGCAUCCAAUACCUCUACGGAACUACAGUGCAAUCUAGAAAACAGCCCCGACAGCAUCUCGAAAAUAAUCGGAGUGAGACGCAGGAGGGGAGGAGGGAGAAAAAAGGAAAGCAUUCUGAGAACAGAAAAACUUUACUUUAUGUCUCUUGGAAGGACAUCGUCGGUGCAAGACGAACCACCUCAGGACAAGAAUAUAGAAGUUCCUUCGUGGCGUUAUCAUCCUAUCACUAGUUGUUACCAAAUGGAAGGAACUGAAGAUAUAGACGAUGAUGUGUUCUAUAAAAGACACGUGAAAUUAGAAAAUGACGAAAGACGGAGAAAAAGAUGGGACAUACAGAGAAUAAGAGAGCAGCGCAUCCACGAGAAGUUACGACAGAAGAGACAGGCCGUCGACAAAGAAAGUAACGAAAACAGAAGACAUUCCAGAAAAUACAAGAUAAAUUCAUUUUUUCCAGACCCUAAAGAAGUUCAAGCUAUCGAAGUGUCCGACUUGGUUCCAGUUCUAGCAUUCGGUCAGACCAUACCGAUUUUUCAGUCGAGCGAGUUUUCUCUGCCUUGGUUCGACCCGAGAGAAAGUCAGGAAGUGACAACGGUUUCAAAGAAAAAUAAUACUCCGGACACGACAAUUACCAAACGAACUGCCACUUAAAGAUCGGCUCUUCAAAAUGCGAAGAUUAAUACGUGACUGUAAAACCAGAAGCACACCAUGAAGAUUUGUCGUUGUAUAUAUAUUAUAUAUGUAUAUUGAUAUUCCCGCUAUCCGCUUUGUGUAAAAUGAGAAAAAAUCUCUGUUGAGGUAUUUCAUCAGCCGUGGAUGCCAUCCGUUGUCGUCUCUCGUCACCCAGGACAAACCCGCUUCCGAUACUCACUUUUUCGAAGAGUACGAUCAUAUAAUUUCCAAACCGUUCGAAGAAGUCUAAACAGAACAUGGGAAGUCACUAGUCAUCCGCACACACGGUAUCGCUUGCAUAAUAAUUUCACCUCUGCAUUCGGUAAUUAUACCGAUUUACAUUCUUCAUUUACAUUUUAAAAAUUCCCACGGAUUGUGGAAAGUGGUGCAUCGUGCGUUGUCGCCUACGGGAGCAAUUCCAAGAAUGGUGGAACGUAAAUCUGCAUGUCUUUUGGAACCUCAAAGCAAAAAUGGAGAUUAUCCUCUUUCGUAUGUCAUACAUUGCCCACGGUUUCUUUACCGUUAGUCUCGUCCAGAAUACACAAACCUCCCAAACGGGUUUCGUUCGUGUGGGACUAAACGGGACCUCGGCCGUGCCGUUUCAGAUCUACGCAACCGAACUCUCGCGUGAUCAAACACCUCUCGCACUUUCUCGCAUUAUAAACUAGCUACUUAUCGUGUAUUUGUGUUUCAUUUUAUCGGUUGGUAAACUAGGUGGAUAUUACGUGUGAAUCAAUAUAUCAGUGAAAUGUUUCCAACGAAUGUUUUUUGUUAAAGUUGUGGAAAUCGAUUUUUUGUUGUUAAAAAAAAGGGAAAUCUGUAUAUUAAUGAUAGUUUUUAAAGACAAUUUCAGAUAAAAAAAAAAUCUUCCAGAGUAUGCAGUAUGUAUAUAUUAUAUAAAUGUAUAAAAAUAACUGGUUCUCUAUAAAAGCAAUUUUAAAUGUAAUUUUAACUAUAUUACAAGUUAGCAAUUUUAAAAAAUGCGAUUCGGAUAUUGGGAUUUUGCCCUCUGGAGCGAAAUUUCAAAGUUCUGAAUCGUCACUUAGACAAUGUUGUUAGAAAUAAACGUGGUUCUAGAUUUGUUUUCUAGAAUCUAA